AACACAUGUAAAAAGCGACGCCACGUGGAUCUUUAUUCUUUAUACUCUUCUCUUUUCAUCUCUUCGUUCUUCUCUCUUAUGAACACAUUUUCUUCCUUAAGAGACGUAGAUAUUUUUGGGUUGUUGUUAUUGUUGUGUGGAGAGCAUUGGAGGAGAAGAACGAUGGAGAAUGGUUCAGAGGUUAAUAUUGUUUAUCUGGAGAUGGAUCGCGAUGCGGAGGCGUCGGCUGAAUCUCAUAGCGAGUCGUCGACUCUAUCAAACUCGCUCGAGUCCGUUCUUACGCGGAAUGAAUGUGGUGGUGUCUGGACGAACGAGAAACACAACUCGUAUCUUGAUUCUUUGGAGAACUCAUUUGUGAGGCAGCUGUAUUCCUUACUAGGAAGAGAGGAGGAGACUCGGAGAACGUCUAGAACUCGUCAUGUGCAGUCUAACUCUCACGUUUCCACUGAUCAGUUUACGGUACUACAAAAUGGUUGCCGGCAGAAGGUUAACUUUGGAAAGAAACGAGCUUAUUUAGAGAUGUCAUCCGAGUAUGCCAUUGGGACUACUGAUCAAGGAAACGUAUUGUGCAAGGAAGAAAUCAAAAACUCCGGUGAUAAGGCUUUUACUAGAACAGCUAUGAGAAAUUCUUUGGGGCAUGAGUAUCCAGCUCAAUGCACUGCAGAGGUGUCAGGGCAGAAUUUCAGAGAAGAAGUAGAAGAGAGGGGAUGCAAUUCAGGGGUGUCCAGGAAACGCAGAAGAGAAGCUAACUACGAUGAGACUUCAUUGAAUGAUCAGGUGGUGCCUUAAGGAUGGUGAAGCUCCAGAAUGUGGAACGAUUCAAAGCAAAAUAGGAAGUGAAGUGGAGAAUGAAUGUGAGAGAGUUUUGCUUGUCCUAUAGAAUGAGGCUGAAGAGAGCCUUAUAGAGGCAGAGGCAUUGAAUGGGAUGAAAUUAGGAUUGGUUUUUGUUUUGUUAAUUUUUGUCUAUGUAGCCUGAUCGUCAUUUCUUUCAUAGCUUUUCAAUCCCCUUAUAUAUUAUUUGUGAAACAUUACAACUUCUUUUUGUAGCCAUAUGUCAUCACUAGGAUGAUUCUUAAAAU